GUCGUCAAAAAGACCGUCGGCUGAAGAUGACGUUGGUAUUCAAACCGAGUUUACAUCAUGCCAUGCCUUGAACUUGAGCUGGUGUAGCAACAACAGCAAUCGAGGAUGGCGUUAAACACGAUAGGCCUGCUACGGCCAGCACUGAGCCAGGCGUUGGCCACACAGCUGAGACCGCAGCUGGCCGCUAGUUCCCGCAUCCCUCAUCUACUCCAGAGUGGCUGCCUCAGGCAACCCAAAGUGUAUACUCCACCGCAAGUGUGCUUCUAUGCCACCAAGAAAAGCAAAGCGAAAGCUAAAGGCCAGGCAGCGAAGGUGAACAUAAACUCAGCUCUGGUAGAGGACAUCAUCAGUCUGGAAGAGGUGAAAGGGGACAUGGAAAAUGUCCUGGAGAUCCUGAAGGAUGAUUUCAGCCGCAACCUUAACAUUAGAACCUCCCCAGGUGCUUUGGACCACAUUACAGUCACAACCAAAGACGGCAAAUUCCCUCUGAACCAGCUCGGCCAGAUCUCCAUGAAGUCCCCUCAGCUCAUUGUGGUGAACAUGACUGGCUUCCCUGAGGCGACGGCGGCGGCCACUCAGGCCCUCCGAGAGAGCAGCAUGAAACUCAACCCCGAGGUGGAGGGCGGUAUCAUCAGAGUGCCCAUUCCCAAGGUGACACGGGAGCACAGGGAGAACCUGAGCAAGCUGGCCAAGCAGUUUAGCAAUAAAUCCAAGGACUCUCUGAGGAGGGUGCGCGCCAACGCUGUCGGCCAGCUGAAGAAGUCCAAGGAAGGGGUCUCAGAAGACACUAUACGGUUAAUAGAAAAACAGAUCCAGCAAAUGAUGGACAGCUAUGCCGCAGACAUCGACAAACAGCUGGCUACCAAAACCAAGGAGCUGCUUGGGUGACGUGGCAGUGCGUCUGCUGUUGGUGCAUUCUCAGCCCCGUCAGCCCACAGGUCAUUGUCUGGGACACUACAUGAUACCACUGCGAUAGGGGUGGGGGUGGGAGGAAAAACGCACGCACGCACACACACAAAAGACUCCGUGAUUGCGAUGAUGGAGGAACGGGGAACUGGAAGGUGGCAUUUGGCGCAGUCAAAAGUGUGCUUCUCCCAUGCGUAAACAAAUGUUGGCAUGGCACGCCAGUGGCUGCCGGCCCCUCCGUCCGCAAAGUCUUCAAACAAACUGCGGAAGAGAAAAAAAUGGACUUUUAAUGGGAUUCGGGGUCCUCCUCCUAAUCACGGCAUCACCACAAAGCGCUGUGUUUAUGUAGAAGGCAAUGCACUAGAUGUAAACUGUGCGGCUUCUGCAGGGUUGGGGAGCGUCUCUUAGGAUCGGGAGGAGAACAGAUAUUAACGCUCCUGCCAACAUUUGUUUCAGAUUCAUAUGUGUGUGUGUGUGUGUGUGUAUACAUGUGUGUGUGUUUGAGUGGUAGAGCCACUUGAUGAUUUGGGGUCACUGUUUCCAUCAAUUUGUGAGAAUUAAUUGUAUAGCUACCAUUGUAAACACAAUAAAUCCAACACAUCAUU